GUCAUCGCCAGGUGUGGUGCUGUGAAGAUUUGUGAUGGUUUUAAUUUUCGAAAAUGUUUAUUAACGAUGUUAACAAAAAAGAGGAAAUUAGAAACAUAGCAAUAAAAAAUUUACGUAAAUUAGAUGUUAAACAGCGAAUAAAAUGUUUUAGGCCGUCUACACAGACAAUAAAAACAAAAAAACUUUUUAAAGUCCCACUCGCGAAUCUCGAAAAUGAGACUGUUACUCUUAGAAAUGGCCAACAAUUGGUUAUACCUAAAAGGCUGUACGAAAUGUGUUCAUUUAUAUUAUCAAAUGUAGAUACUGAAGGUAUAUUUCGAAAAGAAGGCUCCCGAUCUAGACAGAAUGAAAUAAAAUUAUUACUCGAUAGGGGAUGUAUGUUGGGUAUAGAUCACCACGUAAUAGACGUGGCUGUGGUAUUAAAAUGUUUUUUGAGAGAAUUACCCGAACCUUUAAUCCCUUUUUCAUUUCACGAAUUAUUCUUAAGAUGUUCUAUAAUAGAAAAAAAAAUCGAAGCAAUUUUGUUAGCUUGCCUUUUAGUACCAACAGAGCAUUUGAACGUACUUACUUUUCUCAUGCAGUUUUUUAAUGAAAUUGCCCUUCACGCUAAAUCCAACAAAAUGAAUUCCUACAACUUAUCUCUUUUAAUUUCACCAAAUAUAUUUCCUUUGAAUGAAAAAAUGGUCCCGAAAAAUCAACUAAUGAUAAAAAAAACAUGCGAAAUAACUAAAAUAAUGAUUGAAAAUGCUAAUAAAAUAGGUUUGAUUCCGGAUUCUAUUUUGGAACAAGUUGGAAAUUUACAACCUGGAGAACUGGCAGUUAAAACUAAAGUUAAAAGAAGACGUAGUGCAUCAUUAACAAGAAUCUUAAACGGCCUCAAAAAAAUAGUCGGCAACAAAAAUGACGACAACCAAGCGGUCAAUACAGUCACGCCAGAUUUACUUCUAACUCCAAUACUAACCGUUACAAAAAAGAACUCGAACGAUCACAAAUUUUCGAAACCGAAAAUAGAAGCGGGACCCGGCAAAAAACCCCUCCUCCAACGCAGAUGGUCCGCCAUCACCUCGGUAACGAAUAUGAAGAGGAAAAAGAGGAAUUCGUACGUUUACAAAUCGCGCGAGGACAGUUUGAAUUCGUCCCAAGAAAAUUACGUGCGCGUACCCAAAGUGGAAUACGAAGCGAUCAAAAACCGAGUCAGCGCGAUCGAAAAACGACUGAGUUUGGAAUUGGAGAGUGCGGCGAAACGCGAAGCGAACGUCAUACAAGACAUUCAAACGAAAUACGAAAAAACUUUGGGAAACAGCGAACCGCUCAGUCCCGGCACCGACCAAUUGGCCAAAAGACUCAGCAGAGAAUUGAGGAUCAGAAAUUGCGAUCAGAAGAUGAUACGCUCGCCCAGCGCUAGAAAAAUCGGUAACAUUCGAAGGAGAUCCAGGGAAUUGAUGAGGAAUAAUUCGGUACGACGACAAAAUCGAUCCAAAAACGACGGCGAUGACGCCCGCGUCAAUGUCGGUCCGAAUAGUUCCGAGGAAAUUUCCUCUUCGCCCGGUAUCUCGGAUAAGAGUUUCUCCAGGCAUUCUUCCUUGAGGAAGGAACGGAGGGCGGUUAGGAGGAGCGGAAAUUCGACCCCGAAACGAGCGUACGUCAAACAGAAAUGUUUCAAUUACGAUUUACGGCAAUUUUCGGAGGUUAAUAAGGAAAAUAAUCCCGUUUGUAAUACGCCGGUACCGAUGAUUAAGAAAACUUUGCCGGUUAAAGGGAUACCGAAAAGGAUAAGCGGUACUCCGAAGGGAACGGUUAGGAGUACUCCUUUGAGAGUUUUACCGACGACUGAUUUCAAUUACGUCGAUGGUAUGUGAAAAUAUUCCAUUUAUUCGGAGUUAUUUUUUUUUUUUAAUUAGACCAAAACCGAAAGUAGAUUCGAUUUUUUCAAGAUUUUCAAUAGUCCAGUGUUGGAAAAAGGGAAUUUUUCUUUGGUGUGUACAUUUGGAUCGAUCCUCGUACUCAAUAUAAUCGAUUUUCCCAUAAUUUCAACUGUUUUUGACCGAGAAAUUGCGUCGUUACUCCCGGUACUUUGUUUUUCAUCUUCUACAUCUCUAAUUGAUGCCAUAACCUGAAGUAUGAGUUUUGGAUGGACCCCUGUACUAUUGAUAGUCGAUUUUUCCCUAAUUUUAACCUAAAGAAUUUAGAAAUGUUACAUUUUAUACCAUCAAACUGUCUAAACAAGGACUUUUCGCAUUAAAUACUUUUGGUUCGACCCUCGUACUCAUUAUAAUCGAUUUUUCCAUAAUUUCAUCUGUUUUUCAACGAUUUUUGACCGAGAAAUUGCCGUCGUUACACCCUGUACUUUAUUUUUAAUCUUCUACAUCUCUAAUUGAUGCGAUAACCUGAAGUGUAAGUGUCUAAAAGAAGAUUUUUCUCUUUAAUAACUUUUGGAUGGACCCCUGUACUAUUGAUAGUCCAUUUUUCCAUAAUUUCAACUUCAAGGUUUUAGAAAUGUUACAUUUUAUACCAUCAAAUUGUCUAAACAAGGACUUUGUUCAUUAAAUACUUUUGGAUCGACCCUCGUACUCAUUAUAAUCGAUUUUUCCAUAAUUUCAUCUGUUUUUCAACGAUUUUUGACCGAGAAAUUGCCGUCGUUACAUUCCUGUACUUUGUUUUUCAUCUUCUACAUCUCUAAUUGAUGCUAUAACCUGAAGUGUAAGUGUCUAAAAGAAGAUUUUUCUCUUUAAUAACUUUUGGAUGGACCCCUGUACUAUUGAUAGUCCAUUUUUCCCUAAUUUUAACGUCAAGGUUUUAGAAAUGUUACAUUUUAUACCAUCAAAUUGUCUAAACAAGGACUUUGUUCAUUAAAUACUUUUGGAUCGACCCUCGUACUCAUUAUAAUCGAUUUUUCCAUAAUUUCAUCUGUUUUUCAACGAUUUUUGACCGAGAAAUUGCGUCGUUACAUUCCUGUACUUUGUUUUUCAUCUUCUACAUCUCUAAUUGAUGCUAUAACCUGAAGUGUAAGUGUCUAAAAGAAGAUUUUUCUCUUUAAUAACUUUUGGAUGGACCCCUGUACUAUUGAUAGUCCAUUUUUCCAUAAUUUCAACUUCAAGGUUUUAGAAAUGUUACAUUUUAUACCAUCAAAUUGUCUAAACAAGGACUUUUCGCAUUAAAUACUUUUGGUUCGACCCUCGUACUCAUUAUAAUCGAUUUUUCCAUAAUUUCAACUGUUUUUCAACGAUUUUUGACCGAGAAAUUGAGUCGUUACAUUCCUGUACUUUGUUUUUCAUCUUCUACAUCUCUAAUUGAUGCUAUAACCUGAAAUGUAAAUGUCUAAAAGAAGAUUUUUCUCAUUAAUAACUUUUGGAUCGACCCCUGUACUAUUGAUAGUCCAUUUUUCCCUAAUUUUAACGUCAAGGUUUUAGAAAUGUUACAUUUUAUACCAUCAAAUUGUCUAAACAAGGACUUUGUUCAUUAAAUACUUUUGGAUCGACCCUCGUACUCAUUAUAAUCGAUUUUUCCAUAAUUUCAUCUGUUUUUCAACGAUUUUUGACCGAGAAAUUGCCGUCGUUACACCCUGUACUUUGUUUUUAAUCUUCUACAUCUCUAAUUGAUGCGAUAACCUGAAGUGUAAGUGUCUAAAAGAAGAUUUUUCUCUUUAAUAACUUUUGGAUCGACCCCUGUACUAUUGAUAGUCCAUUUUUCCAUAAUUUUAACGUCAAGGUUUUAGAAAUGUUACAUUUUAUACUAUCAAACUGUCUAAAUAAGGACUUUUCGGAUUUAAUACUUUUCGAUCUACCCUUGUACUUAUAACAUUCGAUUUGUGUUUAAUCGGAGUUGUUUUUAAUUGUAAAAAUGCAUUCGUACUUACAGUAGUACAUCGAUAAGCUAAAGAAUUUGUGUAUAAAAAAAAUAUUUUUCUCUUUGAUUACUUUUGGAUUUGCCCUUGUAUUUAUGACAAUCGUUUUAUAUCAAAUUUUAUCUCUUUUUAAACGAUUUUAAACUCUAUAAUUGUCUCAAAAAGCUAAUUUUUCCACUGAACACUUUUGGAUCGAUCCUUGUAUUUAUGACAUUUGGUUCUUGUCCAGUUUUAACUGAUUUCAAAUGGUUUUUAACUGACAAAUUGCAUUCUUACUUCCAGAAGUUUUUCUUAAUCUUCUCCACCUAUAAUAAGUUGAAGGAUAACUGUCUAAAAGACGAUUUUUCUCAUUAAAUACUUCUGGACCGACCCUUGUAUUUAUUACAUUCGGUGUUUCUUCAAAUUUUUACUGACAUUAGUUUCUUUUUGAUCCUCUCAAGUCUGUAAUUCAUUUGAUGAGUUCUUUGAUAAUUUGAAAUUUUUCUUCAGAUUAAUCUGAUUUGAUUAUAUCGACUCCACAAUUAACUAAUUUUCUACUUAGUAUUUUUCAACUAUUCCUCACAAAAAUUAUCAAUAUAUUACAGUAACUGUAGCACUGAACACACUGUUUACACCACCACUACACCAACACUCACAAUUACACCAUGUGAUACACAUUUCGAUAACAAAGUUCCAAAAAUUCCAACUUAGUAACGGUAGUUAUUUUUCCUGAUGUUGAAACAAGGUUUUCUUUUUUACUAGGUGAUAAAAAAUUUUAAUAUCAAUUAAUUCGUCCAAUCCAUUGGUUGCCACAAAUUUCAGUGGUACCAAGAAUACUUUUGACACUGUCUUCCUUUAUCUUUUAUAAUUGUUAAAAACUUUUGCCUUCUUGUGACUGAUUCAUCAGUACUCACCAUUGAUUAACGUAACUCAAUUUUUCCAUUCCAAGAAUCACAAUUAAUUUUUCAAACGUUCAAAAUGUUUCUUAAGGAAAUAAACUAUUCAAUAUUGAAUAAUGUGCUCAAACUAGUUAUUAAUUGAAUAUGAAAUUACGAAAAAUAAUUUUUUUCUUGUAGUUUUUAAACUAUUUUCAUUUUUGUUAUGAUUUACUUCUUAUAUAUUACUUUUGAACACUGUUGAUACAUGCACGUAUUUCAAUUAAAUAAUUUUGAAAACUA